AUGUAAGAUAAAAUGCGUGUUAGUACCACAGGUGCUAAGCUGUUUACUGAGGGGAAUCAAACAGAGACAUAGCCUUUUCGAUAGUAAAUCUAAGGGUAAUAAUCUUCAGGAGGUGAAUCCUUGAUGAGGUACUAAAGAAUGCUUACUCAAAAGUCGGAACGCAAAACUCACUACGUACAAUAGUUUUGUAGUAAUUUGAAAUCGCAAACGAAUAGAUUCGGAGUUAUUCCUGAGGAAUAUGUAUCGUUUAUUGGAGACAAAACCUCAUAUCGAAACUCCUCUACUUUUAAUAUUCGAUUAAUGCAUAAAAACUUUUCAUUGCAAUUAGAGUUGAAGUUUUUCGAGAAGAUCAGACAAUUUUUUUCGCGAUAUUUGAAUAAGUUGAUUUAAUGUCUGAAACGAAUUGAGUUAUUUCAGCCAGAAUCCUCUGUCAAAUUGAUAUGGGACUCAGCGUCGUUGGUUUCAAGAUUAUAUUUUUUAUUCCUCAUCCCCUUGGAUAUUGCAUGGAGUAAAUAUUCAUUCAUGUUUGACAUGUAUAAUUUGACAUCCUUUAUUUUUCAAAUGGUUCUUCUGGGAGAUUUAAUCGUAGGCUUGAAUACAGCAUUUUAUAAUCAAGGACAAUUGGUUACAGAUCGGAAAUAGAUAGUUUAUCAUAAUUUUUUGAAAUGUUUUGGACUAGAAUGGACUUCAACAAUACAAUUACUGGUCUAUUAGAUACUCACGUAGGAUCCCACGAUAACACAAUAUAUAAAAGACUAUAAAAUCUAUCUGACUCUUGUGACCUUCUUAGUUCAUUACAGUACCAUACAGGAAUGCUUGGAGUAUUAUGAAGAAGGAUUGAACCUUAGCAAAAAAGCCUCAUCCAUAAUAGAGCUUGUUAAAUUGAUCGCAGUGUUAUUUUUUAUCAUUCACAUGUUCUCAUGCUUUUGGUUUUGGGUGGGUGACUAUAGUCAUAACAAUUAUGGAGUAAGUUGGCUGGAGAAUAUUGUGGACAAGGAAUGGGAAAUCUAAUAUUUAUCCUCGGUUUACUACUCGACAGUUACCAUGUUCACUAUUGGAUAUGGUGAUGUUCUGCCACAAAGCAAUUUGGAAAGGAUUGUAUGCUGCUUAUUCAUUAUUAUGGCAAGUUUACAAUUGCCUUACAGUAUCAACACUGUGGGAGCCAUCAUUUCCAAGAUUAGUGAAUAUGGGGAGGAUAAGAAACGCAAAUUGAGAAUCAUCAAUUCGUACAUGCAAAAGAAGAGAAUCCCAUUCCCAUUACAGAGCGAAAUUCGGUAAUAUCUAAAUUACUAUUGGCAAUUGAAUAAGGAAAAGGAUGCGGAUGAGGCUGCAUAGAUGAUCAAUCAAUUAUCUGAGAACUUAAAAGAAAGAUUGACUUAAGAAUCAAAUUCGGUUAUUUUGAAUCAAUGUGCCUUAUUUCGGUAUCGCUUUACACCUGCUUUCAAAAGAGAACUCAUCAAAUCCUUAAAAACCAAGAUUCUGGCACCUGAAACAAUAGUUGGAGACAAAAAAGAGUUAGUGUACAUAGAAUCUGGCACCAUUGACAUGUAUGGAGAUUAAUAGUGCAAUCUAAAAUUACAAUCAUUCAAUGCCAAUCAAACUAUCGGUCUUAUUCCAUUCGUAACAGGCAAAUUACAACCUGAAACCUAUAAAAGUUAAGGCUUUUGCUUGCUCAUGACAUUGUCACAUAGGAAAUUCAAGAAAACUCUGAAAGACUUCCCAAAUGACUAUGAAAUCUAUUGUCAAAUGAAGGACUAUUUACUAUUCAACGGAAAUGAAACCACAAUCUUCCCACGCAAAUGCUAUGCUUGCUAAAGUUAUAAACAUUACUCGCAUGAGUGUCCAGUUGUGCAUUAUGUACCUGAUAGAGAAAAAAUAAUAAAAAAACACACGAUUUCUACCACAUAAUAAAGAAAACGGAUACCGCGUUAAGAAAAUAGGAGAGCUAGGUAUCCUUCGCGGAAACAUUCCCAGUAGUCUCUCAUUAGGGCUUCGUUUAUUGUGCAAUAGGAAAAUUAGAACAUUGUUAAAUUGUACGAUAUCCCUUACGUUGUUGAGGAAGAAGCAAAAAUCCAUAGUUUGAAUUCCUACCAAAGUAUCAAGAAUAAACCUAAGCACAAUGAUGAGACAAGGAAAUAAAUAAUGGCUAGGUUCAAGAACUUAGUGAAGAAGAUUACUCUAAUAGACAAAUACUAUCCACAGUUUAUGAUGACUAUUUUAAAGAAAUUCAGACACAAUCAGAAUUAUUUUAGUCAAUAGUCGCAGUUGAAGUAAUUGAAGAUAAGAUAUGAUCAUAUUAAGCAAUUAACGAAAGUGGAUCCUCAAUUACUCAAUGAUAUUGAUGAUGUAAUAAGAAUAAAUUCAGAAUAUGAUAUAUGUUAAAACUAAGAAUUCGAAACUCCAAAGAAUUUCAUUCAUUACAAUCCAAAGUUCAACUUCAAUAAUGUCAAAUUAAAGAUAGACAAGAGUAAGAUGAGAAUUCUGAAUGAGUUCCAACGGUACUGUUUGUUUCCUGCUGUCAUCAUGCGGAAAUUCCAUUCGACAAAAACAACUUAAGAUCUAAUCACUUACAAAAGGAGGAAAAAUGUAUUUAUGAAAUGA